AUGGCGGAGGAUCAUCUUGGUUCAAUGCUCCCUCCUCCUCCCCGUGCCCAAGACAUGCCCACAAGUGGCAUCACCAUCAAUCCGGACUGGACCGUGAGGCAACUGAGCUCGGGUCCGCUAAACCCAGCCCAGGGGGAAGUGACUUGCACCAUCUCCUGUAACCGGGGUCCCUGCUCAGAGAAAUCCGCAAACACCACGAAGCUCCAGCAUCCGGGGAAGGACGGCGCGAACUUGGGGCUCGCCGUCACCGUCGCCCUCAGCUGCCUGGGCCUGGGGGCCCUCCUUGUGGGCGGGGGCUUGGGCUACCUGCUGCUCACCGGGAGCUGGAGGAGAAAAGGUCCUGGGCCCAUAACAGCAAAACAGGACCUGGGAAGACACAUGUUCCAUAAACACGAGGCGGACAACAACCAGUACGAGGUGAGCCUUUCUCCCAGCCCCCUGAGGAGUCCCACGAGGGGUGCAGAGAGCAGUGGCCCCGAGCCGAGCCCCGUGGAGCCCCAGACCAGGAACCAGGAAGCCCAAGAGCACCACUAUGAGGAGCUGCAGGACCCAGACCCCGCUCCCUACUGUCAACUCUCGCCGACAGUCUGAGCCGGGACCCCCGCAGGGGGGACUGAGCCCGGAGCCGCCUCUGCAGAAGAAGGUCUGGGCCCGGGGUCCGGCCUCUGGCACUGCUGGGGAGGAGCGAGCUUGGCCAGAGUUCCAGGAGGCCACGGCCAAGUGCCAGCCCCUCCCCGCCUGCUUGUGCCUCGGUCUCAUUAAACAAGACUCUCCCGUCCCCUCGCUGGCCCCGGGGACCCUCCUGAGAGGGCGGGCGCCUUCUGGAACCGAGAGGAGGAGACCCCUGCCGGGAAGCUGGGAGCGGAACGUUCGGGCUCUCUGCCAAGACCCUGAGACUGGCAAGCCCUACCACAGGGCACCCGUGCCCUGUACCACCCACCUGAGCACACAGGAGGGCGCUCGUCUCCCCUCCUCACCUCCCGGCUGGGAAAUCACCUCCUGACCCUAGUUCCCCCUCUAGUAAACAGGGGGUGGAACUAGAUUGCAGGAGAGAAAGGAAUGUGCACUUAUUAAGUGCCUACUGUUUGCCAGCUGCUGUGGUAAGCACAUCUAUAAAGAUCUCCUCUGAUACGACCCAGAGAGGUAGGGGCUAGUAUGAUGCCCAUUUUACAGCUGAGGAACCGGAGGCAAACUGGGGUUGGUGGGGGUUUUUAAGUGAUUUGUCUGCCUCCGAUUCUUACUUCUGCCAUGGCUCUGGGCAGUUAGCUUCCCCAGGCCUCAGUUUUCACAUCUGUAAAAUGAGUUGAGGUCUGAAAUCUAUGACCCAGCAAGACCUCAAUGGUCUGGAGGAGAGGGCAGGAUCCUCCCCCAAGAUCUGUCUGCCCCCAGCUCCAGGACAACUGUAACAGCCCCGCUCCUCCAUGGGGGGUCAUGACAUCCAGCCCCCUGCCUCUGCCUCCCAGGUCACCAGAUCUUGGGUGUCCGAGGGAGGGGCGGUUCCGGUCACCACGUUUGAUUGCUCUUCUCUUGGCGCUGAAAGGACAAGGACCUGGCUCCGGGGGCCUUCUUGGGCACUGCCAGGCGGGGCGAAGCCGCCGGGCACCUGAGGUCCCUUUGGGCUCGGACAAUAGGCCAUUGUGGGCAUCAAGUUUGGCUGGGGAUGAAAGCGCCCGCCAGGGGGCAGCACAGCCACACACACCGACGGCUCCGAACAGCGGGACUCUGUUCCUUUGUUUCCAAUUAAAAUUCCACCUUCGGAGGGUCUGUGGGA